CUUGAUUUCUUACGGUUACGUCGAGGUAUAAGUCAAGCGUCAACCCAUCCCCAUUGCCACUGGAUCUCUCAUCAUCAUUCAUUUUAAUUCCUUCAUCAUGCAGCAAGAUUGGCUCACUACCAGAGAAGUGCACGUGGCCACUGAGCGUCGACUGAAGUACCAAGGUACCGCCAGGGUCAGACUUGAGGAAAUAGAAUUCAAUCCACCACUGUCUAUAGGUUUGGAGCAACAGAAAAUAGAUAAACUCAAACAGAUUUGGAAGGAAGACGGCUGCCGGAGGCUAGAUGUCGAGAAUUAUAUCCCGGCCCUGGCCUCCAGCGAAGCCAUCUCUCAAGCAUUAGCCAGAAUUGGGAUGACCCCCGAAUGGUUCAAGAACAAUCGAACCGACCAUUUACCUUCAAUGACAUUCGAUCCUAACCAAAUCAAGGGUCUUCAUGGACGUCAUCGGAUUUAUGCGGCCGCUGAUUUUCUGGCUCCAACCGACAAGUGGUGGGUCGUGGAUAUCUAUCUGGAUGUAGAUGUUGACGAUGCUCUAAGGGACCACCUAGUUGAAGAGUACGAUCUUAACCGAGAACAUACAGAUGGGUAUAUCUAUCGCAAAAUCCGUCAAUUUGACGAUGACCAUUAUAUUGGGACAAGGUGGAAGGCCCAUUUAUCAUCAUCUAAUCGCCAACGCUGGGAGCAAAUUGUCAAUAACAACUGGCUUCGAAAAGCCUUCGACGAGCUACUGGAUAUCCCAGGUCUCUGGAUAGACGGGAUGAGGCUGAGUAUGGUACAUAGACUAGUCGCAAUCAGUUGCCCGGAGGAGAUUCGUGCUUACUUGAACCAUGUCCAUCGCUUCUGGUCUUCACUGGUUAAUGAUGACACAGACGCAAAGAAAUGUAUCGAUCAGAAAACAAUCAAGAAGCUUGAAUUACUCGCGCCCGGCACAUCUCCCGAUGAUGCUAAGUCAGCACAACAAGUGAUUUUGACUGGUCAAGUAUUUCCCGAUCUCGACGAAGACAGGAGGACAGAAAUUUGGGACCGACUCAAGGGAUUCAAAGGUCUCAUACCUUCACUGCGCACAUUUUUUGAGGAUUUUAAGUACCUGGAAAGUUGUGCCUACUGCCUCAAGCGACUCGUAGGUCCAUCUGAGGUAUCCAUUCAUCAAGCAUUGAAACAAAUAUUCAUUGUGGCUUCGGAUACUACAAACGAUUAUCUUAUUCAAAUUGCCGAGUACGAGUAUCGGAAAGUGCACAUGGUGAGUGCUCAGCAAUUCAAUUUCGGAUACUGCCAGCUCUGGCUGUAUGCUAUGAGACAUUACCCUUUGAUGCCGCCCGAUCCGAAGAAACAGAACCAUCAUUUAGCCAAACCAAAACUUGCUCCAGCCGACCAGCACGCCAUCUAUAACAUGGCUCAGCUUGCCCAUCAGUUGGGUUUCAGAUCGACCGAGAUUAACACAAUAAUUAAUGCCUCCCCGGACCAUCAAAUCGCGCGCACCGCAUUACUUCAAGCUCGGAAACCUGACCGGUAUCGUUACGAUGCUGACACUUUUGAGACCCUGAUUGAUCGGCUUGUGGAAUGUUUUGCGACCGCUAGACCUGCUUGCGAGACUGCAACACAACCUACUUUAAGCAAGCCCGUAAAAGCCCAAGCUCGCUGUGGUCUGCCAAAACUGCAAGCCCAGGAACAUGACAAAUCGACUUUAUUCUUGCCAUCCUUUAUUGAUGAGUUCCCUAAGGCUAAUCAUGUGACUUCUUGGUUUGUCCGCCGCUGUGUCUUCGGUGCCUUUCUCGGAGCAAACCUGACGCCUCUCGAAGAUGGCUUCCAGAAUAUCCUGUCUGGAUUACUAAUCAGCCCAUCACCGCGAACCGCCAACCCAUUAUUUCCGCAGAUCGAAACCCUCAGAAGCGGACCCAGUCUGGAUGGCUUCGAGACAUCGGUUGCAGAUUUAAUGGAUGUGGAACCUGUUGCAGACUCUCUGACAUUAUCGCCUCAGUCUUUCCAAUCGCUGGACAUCAACCAAGAAGUCGGGAACUCUCAAAUCUGGUAUUACGAAAACGAAUUUCGAACGGAAGAUCGAAGUUACUAUGAGUUCUUUACAACCCAAAGGGGAGAGAGCCCACCUGAAAGCGUAGAAGCCGGGAACUCUGAAGUUUUCCAUUACGAAAACAAAUUUCGAACGGAAGAUCGAAGUUACUAUGAGUUUUUUACAACUCCAAGGGGAGAGAGCCCGGUUGAAUCCGUAGCCUGCUGGUCAGUCAAUGAGGAUAGUGCAGCAGAUGAGUCUUUGGAGUUUCAUCUCCAAAAUGAUUGCUUGGAAAGUACACGCUAAAAACCAAACGUGAAGAAAGCGUUGUGUAUUGAAUCGGUUUCAGUGGGCUUUCUUUUUAUUAACUAUCGUUGUAUCGUUGUAUCUGGAAUGCGUAUCGGACUCCGUAUAUAAG